UCUUGCCUUUUGUGACCAAUAUAACUCUGCUCAGCUGUGGUAUAGCAGACAACUCACAAGGCUACUGUGAAGUUCUGGACCUGAAGAACAUUUCUAAACUUCUGCACAGUGAACUGAUCCAGGUGGGGUCACUGGCAAAAAGCAGUGCAUCCAUCAACCUCCUGGUGGAACUGGAGAAAAACCCACCUCAGAUGAAAACUUAUAUUCUGACUGCCAUACAGUCCAAUGAAAAUCCAGAUUAUGCUUCUGAUUUAAAGACAAUUAAUCUGCAGAACACGCUGGAAUCUCAGUCUGGAGGAAUAUUUUCUCUUAAUGGGGAACAAAGCUCAACUCCAGUAAUUAAAAAUAAAGGUAGUGUAGAGUUUGUAGAUGGCUUUCAGAUCAACAAAACAAUCUAUAUCCUCUGCAACGUCUUGGUCAAAACAAACAAAGUCCGUCUUGUUUGGCUUAAAGCCUCUACAAGUAAAGCAGGAACUCUGGGAUCUCUGGAAGCCGCUACACUCAAUGAAGGCAGCAGACUGCUGGCCUCCUCGGUUGUCCCAGGUGGAGAGCAGGUGCUUUGGAGCGGGGUGUUCUGUACGGACCGAGGACAGACCAACACCCAGCUGGUCCUGUUUGACAUCAGCCCUCCUGUCAACAAUAAUCCUGAUAAGGAACCAGAUUUCUACUACAAGGAUCCACCCAAUCCUCAGGAAAAGAAGCGGGGAGGUAAGACUGUUCUCUACAAGCAGAACAGCAUGACGUCUGUUCUGGCUGUCAGACAGAAGAACUGGAUGGUUUUCUUUGUCGGGACGGCGGAUGGACAGCUCAUUAAGGUCUUUGGAGCCAGAAAAUGA